UCCGACUUCAACAGAUCGGCAUUGGAAUCAACACUUGCGGGGAAUUUAGGCCGCUGAGCCAUGAAGCUGGUACCGCGCCUCAUUAUUCCCCCUUGGCCCCUGAUACCUGCUGCCCCUAUCUGCAUUAGACUUGCUACUCGACACCAUCUCCAUGACAUCUUCCUAGAAUUCAGUACCUCGUCCAAGGUGUAGACGACCCUUGCCUCUCUCACCGCCUCUUGCACCAUGUCCUUCCUCUUUGCCCUCUCACCCUUCAAGGCUCUCCACCCUUCCUCGCCACCUACCAGCACCACACCCCAAGAUCACAUCGAAAAUCAGGGCAGAAGGAGACUUGCCAGAAGCCACCCCAACUGUACCAGCAGCAAUGGCAGUGCAACAUUUAGCAGCGGAGGUUUAGCCAGCCCUUUCAAGACACCCUCCAAGUCGUCCUCGGCUGAGAGUAGCAUGCGGAAUGGGGACGCGGCGGAGAGCAGUGCCAUGGCUCAACAGAGGCAGAAGAGGUCUACGAGCACCUUUGAGACCGACUCAGGGUACGAAGGAGAUGGCAAUGACGAUGACCGGCCCCUUGAAAGUGGACAGUCACGUAGGAUUCUAGGUAUUGGUCAGAAGAGUACCAGAAUUGACUUUCUCGCACAUCUCCCUCACGAGGUCGCCCAUUUAAUUGUACUUCACCUUCCUGACCAUCUAGCUCUGCUCAGUGUCGGCCUCGUCAGCACCGCAUGGCGAGCGAUAGCAAAUGAUACGCUUGUCUGGCGAGACUUCUUUCAUCGCAAUCCAGGUUGGGCGCUCAGAGAAGACUUAGAUGUCGAGGAGUAUCUGGCAGCAAUAGACGAGGAGGAUCUGCUCGUGCCCUCGGACCAGCUUGCGGAGCUGCAGAAUAUGUUCGAGGCUAGAGCAAUGGGCUUCGAAGAUGUGAGUGGAGGAAGUCUAUAUAAAACACCCACGAAGGCGCAAAGGGGCAAGAGUCGCUCCGCUGCCUCACAACUCCUCAUGGCCACUUCUCCACUGAAGAGCCCAGACUUCGCUGCAGGUCCGUCUCCAGGCCAGCUGAAAUGGAGCUUUUCAACGCCAGGGCGGAAGAGGUACGAGGGACACAGCGAAGCGACAGAAGCGCCUCAAGAACGGCUGCUAGAUCGACUCGAUUGGCGGAGAGUCUACGCUGCAAGAUACAGGCUCGCUAGUCGGUUCGGUGAAGUCGGAUGGGCUCCAGCGCCUGUCGCUAGUAGGAGCAGUGGGAGCAAGCAGUCAGCCCGGACGAAGAAGCUGAAAGAGCGAGAUCGGCAGAUUCGAGAAGACUGGGAAGAGGAUGAAGACGUUGCAUCUGCCGUCUCCUCUCGCGGAGAAGACGAAGAUGAGACUACCGACAGCGAUGACCCAGAACGCAUCGCCCGCCGUGAGGCUGAAGACGAGUCCUUCGUUGCAGCCGCUACCCGCAGUCCCAAGCAGGUCGGCAAGGCAAAGAGCAGUACCCGUGUCCCUCUGAGACCUCAGCUCGCGACCUUUCGUCAACUGGGCUCGCAUCUGGACUAUAUCUACUGCUUGCGAGUGUUCCCCUCCUACCGGUCCUACUCUCCCUGUCCUGGCCAAUUUGUCACUGGCUCCAAAGACCACAGAAUGCGUGUGUGGGACAUCCAGACUGGGAAAUGUCUCCACGUGAUCAAAGGUCAUCAGGGCUCUGUCCUAGCCCUGGACGUAGAUGCAGAUGGCGAGGUCCUCGUCAGCGGCUCCUCGGACCGGAUGCUGGGCAUCUGGAGCUGGUUCGGCUGUGCCGAGGCCGUUGCGGCCGCCAAGGAAGGACGGAGCUGGUCCCCUACUCUACUCGAUCGGUGGGACUGCCAUGUUCCCGUCAUGGAUGUCCGCCUUACCCCCGACUAUCUUGUCCUGGGACUCAAGAAUGGCCAGGUACGAUCCUAUACCCGCAAUCCCAACAAUCGAGCCGAGUUCAAGAAGUGCGCCGUGUACAAGAAGCAACAGUGUUCCCUCAACGACAUGAAAGUGCAAGGACAUUUUGUCGCUGCUGGUUUCGCUCUAGGAGCUACGGAGCUCAUUGAUCUUCGCACGGGGGAGUGUGUAAGGAGUUUCCAGCAAUUCAAGGGUGUGGCAUGCAUCGAAUACGAUGGGGACAUUCUCAUCUCGGGUGCUUCCGACGGGAUCAUCCGCUGUUGGAAAGCCUCGACGGGCCAGCUCCUCAUGGUCCUCGGUGGACACGAGCAACUGCCUCGCUCCCUCUUCUUCGACUCGAAGCGCGGUAUGCUCAUUUCUGUAGGGUACGACGGCAUCCUCAACAUCUGGGACGUGACGCUGCUCAUCGACACGGACCUCGUCGAGGCCUGCGCCUUGGGUGACAGCUGGCACUGUCUUGGAAGGCAAUUUCAGAAGCAAAAGAGGUGGGCUGAAGAAGCUCAACAAAGAAAAGACGAGGAUAUGCUCCGUAUCAAGGAACGAGUCGAGGCGCAAGCUGCUCUGGAGCAGGGCACAGGUCAAGGGCGAGGUGUCGAUUCGCCUAGCACCUCGUUGACUUUGGCUUCGACUUCGGCUACGAGGACGGGAGGUAUUUCCAGUCGCUCCAAGCCUCGAAACACAGCAGCAGUCUUCCCGCGCCCGCACCCGCUCGCAGAUCCACCAAAGCCCUACAGGCCUCGCUGGUCUACAAGGCUCUACCACGGGCGAGUAGCACCAGCAGGAACACCCGCUCCCAUUCCAGCCGUCCUGCCCGCUAGCCCAGGCCAACGGCAUAUUCAAGGUCGAGCUGGCACAGCCCCUCCCGGUACCGCACAACCCCCACAUCUCCGAGAUCACGAUGAACCCCAGCAACCCCAGCCCCAGCAGCAGCAGCAGCAGCAGCAUCAAAUCUUCCACCCUCAAUCUCAUCCCAAUCCAUGCCGCUUAUUCGAUGUAGCCUUUGAUGGUAAAAGAAUCAUCGUCGUUGGUGAUUUGCAAGAAGUUUCAGUGUAUGAAUUCUUGGACAAGGGGGAGAGGGAUUGGUUGGGUUGGGAGAUUUUCAAAUGAGGGAGAGCAGGGGAGUAGAGGAGUCAGUCAGUCAUGAUCCUACAAGCUCGCUCGCACAUAAUGUCAUCUUUAUCCAAACUAACUCAAUAUCAAUAUCGUAGACAGCU